AUUUUCCCUUCCAUGCCAAAGCGUGUAACUUUAGGAUGAGGAGCACGCUUUCUGCCAUCUGUGGUUCGAAUGAUGCCGCUACAAAAGCCUCGGUAUCAAUCAAUCAUUCCUUCUUUCUGAAAACCAUGCUAAGUCGCGGAAAUUGUCUGUUAUCUGGACGUUCCCACUCCACUCACGAAGUCCAGAUGGUUGCUUACACUUGAUGCUCGACGUAGUGGACAACGUUCUUAUCUUGCUUCGCGGGGCACACCAAACAUUGAACAUUGUGUGUCGUGUGACACGAUUCCGUCUCCGUCCGCGAUUCGACGACGAGAUGAGGAGUAUUACUGUAUGAUCCGGCGUCCUAUAUCUCUCAUUUUUCCUUUCCUUCGAUCUCCUCUGGCGCUCUUCAUACGACUGCCCAGCAGAUUAAAACUUACCAUAGCGCCACAAACGAAAAUGGUGGAACCCGCACGAUCUCCAUCCGGUCAAACUGUGGAGACCAUCAUCAAGGAAGUCGAAGUCGGCAUCGUGGAAAAGGAGCGCACGCCGUCCGACCUCACUGUUGGAUUUGAACAGCAGCCAACGAGACUCUCCGAUCCAGUUGGCAAAGUGCAACUGCAGGAGGAGGUGGACUACCACGCUUUGUCCUGGCCAAUUGCUGGCAUCAUCAUGAUCGCAGAGACGGUCAGCCUUGGCAUUCUGUCUCUGCCUCACACUCUUGCUGUGCUUGGCUUUGUGCCCGGCGUCAUUCUCAUCUUGGUCUUUGGCUUCAUCGCAACAUACACCGGCUAUGUUACGUGGCAGUUCAAGAUGGCGCACCCAGACCAUGCUACCUUCGCCGAUCUAAUGGGUGUCGCCUUCGGUCGCCCUGGGAGAUGGUUGGGACUGUUUGCGCAGCAGCUCCUUCUCAUCUUCGUCAUGGGUGCGCACAUUGUUGUGGCGAGUGUAUCCCUCAACACACUCACCAAGCACGCUUCCUGCACGGUAGUGUUCAUGGUAGUUGGCGCCGCGGUGAGCUUCGUUUGUACGCUGUGGCGGGCCUUCAACAAAGCGUCCAUCUUCUCUGUCUUCUCCUGUCUUUCCAUCGCCACAGCCACAACACUUGCAAUGAUCGAUAUUGGCAUUCACCACACUGGCGUUGGCGACACAUACGCCGUUGUGCCCGCCAACCUCACCAGCUUCGCCGGUGGUGCCGCGGCGGUCAGCCAGAUGAUCUUGGCUUACAACGGCCACAUCGCCUACCCCUCCAUCAUCUCUGAAAUGAAGCGCCCCGAAGACUUUCCGAAGGCGCUCGCCUUGCUCGCCAUCUUCACCAUCAGCAUGUACCUCACCGUCGCAGUCGUCAUCUACAACUACGCUGGUCAGGGGGUUGUGUCGCCUGCCCUGGGCUCAGCAAGCCCACUGAUCCGCAAGAUCGCUUAUGGCCUGGCUACACCAACCAUCAUCAUAGCUGGAGUCAUACCUGCCCUGGUGGCUUCGAAGCAAGUCUAUGAACGUGUCUGGAGGCAUAGCCCGGAGGUAAUGAAAGAGAAGUCUAGCUUCCGGGCCAACGCAAGCUGGAUAGCAAUCGCUCUUGGUCACUGGGUAAUCGCCUUUGUCAUUGCCGGCCUGAUCCCAACAUUUCACGAACUGCUUGGAUUCAUCGGUGCAUUGCUCGGAGUAUGGUUCGUCCUUGGCUUUUGCGCCAUGUUUGGGGUGAAGGUCAACUGGCCAGGCUCAGGGCUGGAAUGGACUCUGAAGCAGAAAUUGCUGGUGGCGGUCAAUUUUGGACUUGUAGCGAUGUGCAUCGUAUUGUGUGGUGUCGGUACAUACGGUAGUAUCGUGAAGAUCGUACGUGGCAAGGAGAGCAGGGGCGUCUUCUCGUGUGCGACUAACGCUCAUUGGCAGUAGCGAUGCGUCAAGUCUGCAGGCUAUUGGAGUUGGGUCGUUGUGCAAGUGACACGCCGGCACGCCGGAGAAUCGAGUGCUUUUGAUGUCAGGAAACGCGAUAUACAUAUUCGACCGUAAGCAUUCACAGUAACGGCUCGUCGUUAUGCCUUCUCCUCGCCUCAGUGGUAGAGACGUGACUGACAAUAGCCAAGUCAUCCCGGUUGCGCGUCGAAGUAUAGCCCGCUAAAUGC